UAUAGGCUAAGCUGAGUAAGGAAUAUCCAAGCCACCACUCAAGUACAUCGUUAAUGAAUUCAAUGGCGGCAGUACAAGCCACACUCUUUGCCCUUUGUGUUGAAAAAGAUUGGAAUCAAUGGAAGUUGCCUUCAGCUAUUAGGAUUUUGGCGACACUCUAUUCGGGAAUUGCAGUCACUACAUUCGUUAAUAUUGUCACUUCGUGGUGUGUACGGAAGAAAGGUCCAUUAUAUGCAUCUGUAUUCAAUCCCCUUACCCUUGUGCUCGUGGCUAUCACCGCUCCACUCUUAUUACAAGAGAAACUAUACCUUGGAAGUGUACUUGGCGCAGCGCUAAUUGUGUGUGGCUUGUACAUGGUGCUGUGGAGUAAAAGCAAAGAAAUGAAACAACAAACUGAUUUGGUGUCAUCAGAGACAGAAUUAAUUAGUACGACUGAGGUUGUUGUAGUGUCCACCACCAAUAAGAAUGAGUUAGCAAAAACAGGUGAAUAG